CAUUGUGAAGAGAAAUCAUAUUUGAAAAAAAAAAAAAAAAAACUAAAAACCCUUAGUUCGUAAAAAUCAUCAUCACAAUGUCUGGUGUGUGGGUGUUCAACAAGAACGGAGUGAUGAGGCUGGUUGAGAAUCCUUACAACCAAUCCGCUGGAGAUUCGUCAGAGUCUUCCUCCUCCGGUGGUAACCAGCAGCAGAGGCUGAGAAGGAAGAUCCUUGUCCAUCUUCCGACCAACGAAGUUGUCUCUUCGUACGGAGCACUUGAGAGGAUUUUGAAGGGUCUUGGAUGGGAGAGGUACUACAAUGAAGACAACGUCGAUCAUCUCCUCCAGUUCCACAAGAGAACAUCGAUCGAUCUCAUCUCACUCCCCCGCGACUUCUCAAAGUUUAACUCUAUCCAUAUGUAUGAUAUCGUCGUCAAGAACCCUAACGUCUUCCAUGUCCGGGACAUGUAGUAGUCCAUCAUCAAAACUAAAACCGAGGACAGUUUGUUUCUUCAAAAUCAUCCUCUCUCACAUCUAUCAUGUAUAUAGUUGCAUGUUUGCGUUGCUUUAUUUUCUGUUGGGGGGGGUUUGUUUUAAUUUUAUGUGUGUUUGUUUACGUUGGUUGAUUUGGGGUGGUCUAAGCUAAACUCAUUUUAAUAACUUGUAUCAUUUUGUGGUUUUGGUGAACUUUGUAUCAAGAUCUCUCAAAGAUGAAAUA